UGUUAACUUUUAAAGGAAUACAUUGUUAUAUAUUUUACCUAUUCUAUGGGUGGUGGGAGAAUCCUUUGCUCUCUUAUUGAGCUCUGGGAACCCCUACUAGCUGACACUUCCAAGAAGAGGUCCUUGGGGACCAGGGGCGGAAUGACUAUUUGGAAACUUGGGCACUGCCCGAGGGCCUGGGGUCAGUAGGGGGCCCCAUGAGAUACCCCUGGUACCUUUUUCAUAGGCUUUUUUGAGUUUGGGCAAGGACACAGGGGCCCCAUGAUCCCCUAUUGCCCGAGGGCCCCAUGA